AUGGGUGAGCUCCAAGUACUACAGAACAAGGCUGCGAAGAUAAUAUUAGAUAGACCUUUGUACUCAUCGGCAACUGACGCGCUGUCAGCCCUGAAAUGGCUCGAUUUACGUCGACGCAGGAAUUUCCAUCGCUGCAUUCAUAUCUGGAAGUGUGUUAAUGGUCUUACGGAGCAUUCUCUAGACAUUCUUAAAUGUAGUCAGAUUCACAGUCAUAACACUCGAAAUAAGGACACAAUAAGGCUACCUAAAGUCAAACGCAAUUGGGGGAAACAACGCAUUAACUAUCAAGCAAUCAAAGACUGGAAUGAUUUAGACAGUGAUAUAAGGAAUGCUCCAACACUUAUGUCCUUUAAGAGAAAUCUUUUUUCUAAACUUUUAACCUAGAGCCUGCUUAGAACAUCGUGACUUACAGUUUUAGACUUUUGACUUUUAACUAGUUUUAGAUUUUUAUAAUUGCAUGAUUAUUUGUAUAUAUAAUGUUCCCUUGUGUAGGACCUUUGUGAAAAUCACGUCAUAUGUGACAAAGCUUUCCUCAUUAAAGAUUAUUAUAUAUAUAAGAAUUGAUAUUAAUAGUGAUAAUUUUAACUUUGCAUCACUCUUGAUAAAUUUACAAUUAUACCCAUGCAGCAAAACUCCACAAACACCAACGCUAUCAAAACGUGGGUUACUUAAGACUCCAGUUGGUACAACUCCAAACCAAAGACGCAAAACAUGGUGUUUUACUGAACCCAACAACAAGUCGACAGCUGUUAGAACUCCUUGUCGAAGACGAAGUGGAAUUCUUAAACAUGGAAAUUUGACUGAGAAACAAACAAAGAGAAGUUGCUCCUUUAUUCUUCGGAACAAAGACGAUUUGACUAAACAAAUUGCUGGUUUAACAUCUUCAGACAGUUUUACGUCACACACAAGCAAUGGAAUUAUGUUAGCAGUUGAGGAAGAGAAAGUUCUAAGAUCUUUGGAAAAGUGUUAUGAAAUGUUUGAGGAGGUAAUAUGAUAAAAAAUAAAUUUUUCGAUAUUAAAUAUAUUCAGGCCUAAUUGUAACCAUGCGGGAAUAUUACGUCACGGCCAAGAAAUCUACUAAGCCCCCAGUCCAGAUUCCCAAGGGGCUAAAUACUAAAUACAGGAAAUACAGUAUUCUUUUUCAGGUACUGUAGUUCAAUUAUAUGCUAAUGGUACAUGUAGGUACUGUAAUUUGGGGGUUGCUAAUGUGCGAGCCUGCGAGCCCGAGCUCGAAACCAUAUGGAUUAAGGCGUAUAAAAUACGGUCGUAAAAUAAGGUCGGAACCAUAUGGAAUAAGGCGUAAAAUACGAAUGAUGCUGCACAUUAACUUAAGGCUGUUUUCCAGUUACGUGUUUUUUACAAGUGCGUUUAAAUCUUUUCAAAGUUUCAUAUAAAUACAAAUCCUAUAACCUUAACAAACAUACAUUUAAUCAUACACAAAACUGAAUGCUGCCAAAUUAAGCAGCAUUUAGCUAUAUUACGCGAACGAUUAUAGCAAUUCGCCAGACAUAAGAAAAGGUUUUAGAACUAGUGUACGGUCAUAUACAAAAAGGUGUGUAAAACUAAUUGUAUUUAAAAUUUUGAUUAAAGACGCCAUAGGGUUUUGUUAAAUCGACUGUUGUUGUGUCUUAAUUCAGUUACUGUAAAUGUAAUAUUUUAAGGUGUCUGGUUUCAAUUUGGUUACCAUCAUAGAAAUAAUAGAUAUAGAAUCGUGUCUCCGCAAAAUUUCGGUUUUCAAUAAGGGCAUUUCAAGCACGCUUAUUUUUGUAUCUAUUGGUGCAACCGGCUAAUGCUGAAUACGAAUUUGGCAUCCAUUUUAUUAUAAAAACUUUCCAAAAGCAAAUAUAGAAUGGCAAGAGAUUGUAUUCUCCGGAUGACUACCACGAUCAAAUUCAAAAUGGUGGUUUUCUAAGGAUAAGGUGGAGACAUGAUGCGCAUUUUAUAUCUAUUAUUUCUAUGCAGUCGAUAUACUGACGUUUUCAUCCAGUCCAAACCCGACGAAGAUGUGUUAGCGACAGCUAGGGACCAAUUGGAAAUCAGGCAUAGUAUACUAACGGUAACCAUUGAAUGCUGGUUAACUUUUAUUAUGAAUUAUUUCGGAACUUAUAGUUAUAGCAUGGAAAUCCGCGAGAUUGUUUUGCUAUAGUGCUGGGGUAAACAUGAUAGUCUUAUAUGUGAUGGCAAGUAAAUAAAUUUCUGAGAAAAAAACAAUUUGUUAUUUCUGAAAUUAGUUUAGUUCCAUGCAGAAACCUCAAAUGCACAUGCUGCGAGGCAUGAUUAAAGCGCAGUCAUUUUUAAAUAAUGAUACCGCCUGAUAGGAUGUGCUUUGAAUAAAUGAAAAUAAUUAUAACCUCAAAUAUAGAGAUUAGAGAGGCUUGUAAAGGUAUAAAUAAAGGCUCGCAAAUGAAAGGCUCGCGGCUUGCAAAUGAGAGGCUCGGGCUCGCAGGCUCGCGCAUUAGUCAACCUCCUGUAAUUGUAGAUUAUCACCUAUAGUAUACUGGACCCCCACGUUUGAAACAUCAUUUUAAUCUCUUUCAGCAUGAUAAUUAUAUAGGUCAGAAACAACCACUGAGUGUGCUUAUUUUUGUUGACGUCCAAAUUCAAAUGGUUGAUUUUCAAUCAAUGUAUAUUUGUGUCAACUGAAUUUUGUUUUCUGUUCCUUCAUGUAAACUAUAUCACAGUGACAGACACUUGCCAAAUAUGGGAGGGGAUUACGUUGCAAACAUGACCAUACACCUUUUAUAGCCGGAAAUCUAAUUUACGUAAACUGUUUUGCCUUAAAUAUCACGUGCUAUAUACUGUAUCUUAAUUUUUAGCCUUAAUGGUUGAAAAAUUAUUGUUUCAGCUUUGUUACACAUGCAGUUAUUCAGCUACAGGUAUCAUGCAUUCAAAGGCUUUGAGAAAUCAUUGGGGGGAAGCAUUACCUCCCUUCUUAGUGUCCGUCAAUGCUGUAUCAGUUGUUAUUCUUUAGAAUGUUUGCACGCAAGAAGAAAUUGUGUUUAGUCUUGAUGAUAUCCAGCGCGAACAUCCCAAUGUAUUACGACAUGCUCUAUAUUGGAUCUGCAGAGCAAAACUGGCUGAGAACGUUGGGGAUCAUGAAAGAGUUGUUUGUAUGGUUGAUCAGGCAUCCGGCUUUUCUGCACAGGUAAUAAUAACCAUUUUAGAAAUAUAUUUUGGAUACAGUUUGGAUACAAAUAAUUAUAUCAUUUCUGCAGGCAAAAAUUGAUUAUAAAUAAUAAUUUAUAAUUCAAAGUGCGAUAAUAAUAAUUGCGUAGUGACACCACUGUUACGUUCUGGUACUUCUUUGUUUUCAGUCAAGUACCACAUACUGUAGGUACGCGAUACCCUCGCUGUCUGCGUACUUGAAUGUUGCUGGACCGCAUGACCAGUGAACUUUCCAGGGUAUUCAAAACCGCAAAUUUGGACAUCUCCUGACAUGAAACGUGAUUGGACUGAUGGUUGGGUUUUCCAGUCUUGCAAAAUAAUGCAACGUGAUGGUCUCAAAAUUGAUAAUUUACUUCAUGAAUUUUAUCAAGAAAUUGUUUAUUACUACAAAUUUCCCGAAUUCCUAAAUCACCCAAUGCAUAAUGCUUCAAGAUGAUAUGGAGAACUUUUUUCAUGUUUAUUAUUAAUAUAUUUAUUUAAUUAAUCUGUGUAGCCAAAAGAAUUAGUUCAAAAGUAUUUUGAUGAGUACAAGUCAAGGAAACAAAUUGAAGAUAAAAAAGGUAUAGUCGCGACAGUUAUGUUUUCAAAUUAUUUAGCCCACGGCCCCACAAUAACCUUUGAUUUGUAUACGAGUAUUUGGAUCACUCAGUCGUGCAUAUGCUGAAUCAGUCAAUCAGCUGUCACUGCAUGAUUGAGACUUUACAGUUUUUCGCGUUCGUGCAAAUCUCUGGCCGUAAUCUUUCACUUAUUUUUGCGUUUCCAUUUAACAGUAGUGGAGAGUCCCGUGCAAGAGGCAACAUUUCGCACACCAUACAAGACACCCUCUCGGGAGCUAUCUAAACUUGAUGGUGAAGUCUUUAAUUCUUCAGUCGUGAGGUUUUGUUUGAUUGACUCAACCCCUGCCAGAAACAGGUUUGUACUGUGUAUAAAAUAGGCCUUUCGUGCUAAAUUGUAAAUGCUUCUAUAGCAAAUUGCAAUAGCCCUAACCCUCGACUUGGUGUUAUUGACAACAAGAGCGUAAUUGCAUGGGAAAUGGUGUAUUGCAUUCCUUCUUGUUCUAACUUGUAGUUUCAGGUCACUGAAUACGUUUUAGAGAACGAUGUAAUGUAUUUUAUCUUAAAGACUAAGUACACUUUGGGUCACAACUAAAAAUCAUUAAUUAUCGCACUCUAAAAUAUUGAAGUGUGAAGUAAAGUUAACUUAAAAUAUGUUUACUCAUGCAUUUGAAUAAUGAACUGAAUGAAUGUAACUUUAAAGAGUCGGAGUGGAACUUCAUCUACUUUGCCUUUAGCUUGAAGAAUUGUGGCCAAGUUACCGUUCGGGGUUUUUGAUUUUUUUCAAGAUUUUUAGGCGGCACCAAAACUCAAUCCUGAAUUUACUUAACAUCUCAAUAAGUUGAUAAAAAGUUUCAGGACACAGCAAAAUGAAGCAGUAUAGCCCUGGUUGAAACGAGGAUAUGAGUUGCAACUUUUGGGAUUGUUUCAAGAGUUUUAUUGAUUUCAUACAGGGCUCAAUAUAACGGUCGGCCACCGGUCAUUAGCCAAGCAAAAUGCUGAUAUGGCCGUCUACUGAUUACUCUGCACGGACAUUAUGGCUAACCGUUUUGUCUCAUCAAUUUGAAUAUUUCUUCCGUUAUUGUUGCAAGUCUUUUUAACAAAAUCUGUGAUCUGCAAGCAAAGAUUCCGUCUGCUAGACAAUCACAGAAUCUGAAUUCGUGCCGAUCCACACAAUAACACUAUGUAUAAUCUCGUCAAUUACAAGAAAUUUAUAUCAGUCUGAAUUUCCAGUGAUUUUUGAAAUUUGGACGAUUCGAAAAAGGAGACUUGAUUCCUACUUUCGAAACAAAUGUUUCCUUACACGAAAGACACUUUUUAUCUUGUGUAUUACACCCGUUUUCAAAAUUACGCGUCAAAUUACAUGUCAGUUUUAUGUCAUGCGGUCACGAAGUUCAAAUUGUUUACAACUUUGAGUUUUGCGGAUCAUUGUCGAUGUAUAUGCUUUGUAUGCUUUAUAUAAAAAGUUUUAAGAAUGAUUUUCAAGAUAUUUUAGUGAAAAUUAUUGCAAAAAUUAAGCACAACAAAAUCAUAAUAUUAUCGCUAUACUAUACUUAUAGUCUUAGCGCAAACGGGUUUGAUGCACAGUUAAAUUCGAUUAUUCGAGGAUAACUUAUUCUUUUUCAAACUUUAAAAGUCAUUCACGACACAGAUUUCUGUCGUGAUGGUUUGUGACUUUGUAGUUUCUUUUAGCAUGUACAGGGUAUCUAAAAAAACGCUUCGGAAAUUCAACAGGCUGUCAUGCAUCAUAAACGUGGCUAAACAAUUCAAUUUUACAUAGGACGAAAGAAUAGUUAUUUUAGCUUUUCAAUGAUACUCUUUUUAAGUCGUAACGAUGAGAAAUGGCCACAUACUCGUCAAAUAAAAAUUGCCGGUCGAAAUCACAUUCUUCCACCGUUGGGAAUUGCAUCGAAAACGAAACAUAAACAAUUCCCAAGAGGGAAUUAAAAUUGAUUGUUAUAUAGUUAGUGUCAAAGUUCAAUUUUUCUGUUUGCCGAUUGGUCAAAACCGUGUCACGUGCCGGUCCACAAAACGUCAUGUUCGGCAACCGGUCCGCAAUGAAACAUUUACUGACCGGUCAAUAAUAAAUUGGGUGAAAUACGCAUGCGUGUCAACCAUGAAGUUCCAAAGUUCAUUUUUUAAACUUUUUACUAAACAUUUACAGCGUUCCAUUUAUCCAGUUUUGGUUUCAAAUUAAGUUCACUCCAAUAACCGGUGGAUUAUUCAUACUUUGACACUUAUUUACUAUAUAACAAAACACUUAUUUACUGAGAUCUCGGGAAAGCAGUGUGUUUUGUGGCGGUCUCGGGUCCACAAAACACACUGUUUCCCUCGGUCUCAGUAAAUAAGUGAUAAAUGUUAAAUUAUCUAAAAUAAGCUCAACUCGUCAAUCUUCGUCUUAGUGAGACAAUAACUCAAUACGAAUUUGGUACGAAACAUGGUUCAAUUAACCCCUGAACAGAGAACAUUCGUUAUCCAAACGUUUUAUGAAACAAAUAGCUUGCAGCAGGCUCGCGUUGCUUUUGGAUUGACUAACUUUGCAUAAUUAAUGUAUUUUCAAUUCCCAAUGGUGGAAGAAUGUGAUUUCGACCGGCAAUUUUUAUUUGACGAGUGUGUAGCCAUUUCUCAUCGUUACGAUUUCAAAAAGGUGUCAUAGAAAAGCUAAAUAACAGCUCUUUCUUCCUAUGUAAAAAUUGAACUGUUUAGCUACGUUUAUGAUGCACAACAGCCUGUUGAAUUUCCGUAGCGUUUUUUUAGACACCCUGUAUAUCUAUAUAGCUCAUUUUUGUUCAUUAUUCUCCACUCUACAGACUGGGAGCGACUGACACUAACUUACUUUUGUCCUUACCUAAAACUGGGAUACUACUAUUAGUCUAUAGUACACAUUGAUGCUUGGUUGAUAAGAGUGUAACCUGUUCAUAUUUUUUCGUGUAUUGUGUAAUUUUGUUAACCAUUAUGCAUAUGCAUAUGGUUUUGGACUAUUGGUAGUUGUUACGGUUUUGGUUUCUAGUACUGACAACGUCCAUAUUGAGAAUAAUUAAGUGUCAUGUCCGACCAAAACAUGGGUUGGUCUGACACAAUUUCAGACCAAGUUUUCAGAAUAAUAUUGAGCUUUGAUUUCUUAGGGUUUUUCGAGUUGUAUACAGGAUGUUUUUGAGUGAUACACCCCUAGCUUUUUCCCACGGAAACUCGAGCUUCUUCGAAAACAUACCACAAGCUUCUACAAGCUUCUUUACUUUACUUCAAAUCAAGCAAUUUCAUCUUUUGUAAAAGUGUGUAAAAGCUUAACACGGGGCUUCGCACCCGAAGAGAUUGCGCGCCCUAACUCAAUCUAAUGUGUAAAGUGGAGCAGGCAAAAAUUGCAGCAAAAACACUUUAUUACAGUAUUUCGUUAUUUUAAUAGCAUGUUGAGACUACUUUUUAUCACUUUUUAUUUCAGAAGGAAGUCUGCGUCAGAAAAACGCGUCUUGACUCCGGUUCGAAGGACCACGCGUUGGGAACGUUGCGGGAUUACACAUCCAAAGACAAUUGAAGAGAAUAGAAUAACCGUAGCUUCGUUAAACGAACUAUCCAGUCCAAUACGAUCUACCAUUGUCUAUAAACCGAACUCACUUCUUCCCUGCCAGCUUGAUGAAGAAAUGCGAAAUCUUGCAAACAUUGAUGAGUCUUGAAACCAUCAAAAAUCACUUUGUCAUAAUUGAUAAACAAGAAGCAAUGUUCUAUCAAUAAAUUUAAAUUAAUAGUACUAGGCUUCUGUUCUUGAACGUACUGUAAUGACCGUUUCAAACGUCCAACAUUUCAUGUGCCGAAUCUAAUGUUAACGAGCGUCUAAAAUCUCCCAUUAUUUAAACAUUAGGGGACCCUGUACUGUGAUCUAAAAUCGACCAUAUUCUGCUAUUCAGCCAUGGUUAAUCCCAAUUUGCUCCCACCUUUUUUCUGGUAAUGCUUCCAACCAGUGAUAAAUUUAGCGGUUUAUAAAGCCUACCGCACACGAGAGAAAAUUGCUGAGCUAACCACUCGCGUAUAUAGGGGGUUAGCCCAGCUAUGCAUUUUCACCGCACACGUUGGAAAAACUACUCAACAGCAACGUCGUUGAUAAGAUCGUUUGCAUUUCCCUCCAUUGUCGCUAUUUUGACCAAAGUCACGUGACUCACGUUAAGAAACUAUGUGUUCUCAUCAAUUGGGG